UGUCACUGUACUAAUGCUGACGCUGCUGUUCCUUCGAGCUUGUGCUUGCACCAAAACUAUUAUCCAGAUUUAACACAUAAUCACAUUCCUAAACAUCUCCAAAAUGAGUAUAAUGUUCGCAGAUACGAUUCUUAUUGUGUUUAUAUCUAUUUGCACGGCAUUAUUAGCGGAAGGAAUAACAUGGGUUCUGGUGUACCGUACAGACAAGUACAAGAGGCUUAAGGCAGAGGUUGAAAAACAAAGUAAAAAACUGGAGAAAAAGAAAGAGACAAUUACUGAAUCAGCUGGGCGUCAGCAGAAAAAAAAAAUUGAGAGACAAGAGGAGAAACUCAAGAACAAUAACAGAGACCUGUCCAUGGUUCGGAUGAAGUCAAUGUUUGCCAUUGGCUUUUGCUUCACUGCUUUGAUGGGCAUGUUCAAUUCCAUCUUUGAUGGUCGUGUUGUGGCCAAGCUUCCAUUUGUCCCUUUGUCCUAUAUCCAAGGCCUCUCACACCGCAACCUCCUUGGUGAAGAUUACACCGAUUGUUCUUUCAUCUUCCUCUACAUCCUGUGCACCAUGUCAAUUAGACAGAAUAUCCAGAAGAUGUUGGGUCUCGCUCCCUCUCGUGCUGCAACCAAACAGGCUGGAGGGUUUUUAGGACCUCCUCCACAAGCUGCCAAGUUUUCAUGAAUUUUUGAAACCAGUGAGAUCUCUACAUAGGAAGUGGACACCCUCUGCUGUACAUUGUGUGAACAACAGAGUUUGUUAGUCAGAUCGUGCAGCUACCAAUACCUAAGGUGUUCACUGAAGUCAUGAAAUUGUUAUAAAUUUACUUAUAUAGUAGUUCUGUAAAUGCUAUGAGUAAAUUUACAAGUCAAAUUAUGGUAUCUGUUGGCCAGAGGGUUAAAAAGAUUUUUGUAACUUAAUUAUUUAAUGAUUAACUACAAGACAUUUGCUAAUUGAUUAAACAUAAAUUUUGAGAUCCCUGGAUUUUAGAUUCUGCUCUUGACUAAUAUAAUAUUUAAUUACAGUAUGACCCCUGGAUUGUUAGAAUAUGUUUUAUCUCUGAUUGUGUAUUUGCAUGUCUUAUUUCUGUGAAAUAAAUGACUUGUUUGAGUUUAGACCUUACACUUUUGUGUUGGUUCCUCUGUAGUCUUUGUUUAAUAUUUUAUAUUUGAACAAGACUUAGAUAUAUAAAGUCAUAUAAAUGACUUUAUAUAUGGACUAAGGAAAGAGAAUAAUUACUUAGUAAUUUAAUAUUUAGAAUAUGUUUGUUAAUUUAUCAUUUUUUUGUCCAAAUCAUUCUCUUGCAAUUUGGAGCAUAUUAUCAAAGGGUUAGCCUUCUGCAAUUGCUCUGCAAUUUCCCCCCAUGAAAUUUACUCUUGAGUUACAGUUUCCUUUUAUGGGCACAGAUGGUCAAUGUAGCUGCAGGACUGGCGCUGGCCAAAUUGAUACCCUACGCAGUGUUCCGCGGGUGGGGGGUGGUGUGAUAUCUGACGUGGUGUGAGCUGUGAAUCGAUCGUCUGUGUUCUGCGACUGCUAUCGUGUCCUUCAAUAAAGGUGUGAGGAAGGGCAGCUGGUGGCGUUUCUGCUCCCCCCUAGGGUAAGAUUGUGCCCCCCCAGUGAGUUGUUGCCUUAUGCAGAUUGCAUAACAUGCGUAUAGGAAGCUGCCAUACUGUGUAGCAGCAUCUUCACUGCCUGGCCAAAAAAAGUUGCAUACUCUAUUUUGUUGGACAGCCUUUAGAUUUGAUUAGGGCACUCAUUUGUCAUGGCAUUGUUUCGAUAACUUCACAAAAUUUAUUUCCAGAGUUGCAUUCAUUUUUGGCUGAGAUCUUGUAUUGAUGAUGGGAGAGUCGAACCACUCCGUAAAGUAUUCUCCAGCACAUCCCAAUGACUUUUAAUGGGGUUAAGGCUCUGUGGGGGCCAAUACAUGUGUGAAAAUGAUUCCUCAUGCUCCCUGAACCACAAUUUCACAGUUUGAGCCCGACUAAUCUUGGUAUUGUCGUCCUGGAAUAUUCUCGUGCCAACAGGGAAGAAAAAAAUCCAUUGAUGGGAUAAAACUGGUCAUUCAAUACAUUCAGGUAGUCAGCUGACUUCAUUUUAUUGAUGCAUAGCAUUGCUGAGCCUACACCUGACCAACUGAAGCAACCCCAGAUCAUAAAACUGCCUCCAGGUGCUUGUACAGUGGGCACUAUGCAUGACAGGUGCAUCGCUUUAUGCACUUCCCUUCUCAACUUGAUGCGCCCAUUGCUUUGGAAUUGGGUAAGACCUUUUUCCAUUGCUCCACCGUCCAAUUUUUAUGCUCCAUAGCAAAUUGAAGUUGUUUUUUUCCAAUUAGCUUAUUUCACUAUUAAAGUUAACCGUAAGUUCUACUGUUGAUUUUUUUACAACGUGACAAAGCAUUUUAGUGAUCUCCUAUCACAAUCAUUCAAUAUUUUUUCUGACCUCAUUUCUUCCAUGAAGCUGAUGGUUCACCACCAUCCUUCCAGGUUUUAAUAAUGCAUCGGGCAGUUCUUAACCCAAUUCCAGUGAUUUCAGCAAUCUCCUUAGUUGUUUCCUUUUCUUGAUGCUGGCCAAUAAUUGGCUCCUUCUGAAACACAGUAACAUCUUCUCCAUGACCACGGGAUACGUCUUCUGACAUAGUUGUUUAAGAAAUGAGAAGCUACACUGCAUCAGUUAGGGUUAAAAGAAUUGUUGCCAGAUGAAACAUAUUAAUCACUGCAAUAAUUAUCCCAUCAUAGGCUCUUAAGUAUCUGCUUAUUUAAAUCCAAACGGUAACAUUUUUUUGUCCAGGCAGUGUAGUUGCUGUAGCAUGUAGCCUUGGGCAUGUUGUUUAAUUAGGUACUGCUGAAAGCACACUGUUUACACAUGAUCAUGUGAUGGAAAAUUAAUUCAAGUUAGCUUUCAUUGUCAUUCAGCCGUGGUGCGUGCAUAUAGAAACUAUAUUGUGUUUCUCUGACCUUAUUAGAAAGUUCAUAUUCUUAUUCUGCUGUUGAAAGUAAUCCAGAGCAUGUAAUUUUAUAAUUCACAAGUGGUCUAGUAACAGCUGCUCUCUGUUUGAUUGACAGGUGGCGUAUGUGUGUGUGCUGAACGUGCGCUUGUGUUCCGAAAAUGCUCGCGCUAAUGUGAACCCAAACGGUCAAAUACAUUUAAAACUUCUGCCAAAAUUCCCGUCUUGGUCUAAAGUGAACGUAAACAGCAGAGAAAAAUCUGAUUUGUAUUAGAAUGUCGGACUUGUAUGUAUAAAUGUAAUAUAAUAGACAUGUUGCCGUCUAGUGUGUCAUAAUAAUCAAACAACCAUAACAAGAAAACACUCACUGCUCUUAACUGGGUAAAUUUAGUAGCUUUAAAAUGUAUUAAUGUAUUAUAACCAUACUGUAAAUACCAAUUGUAGUUUUAUGUUACAUUUCAUUCUGAAUGUUUACUUGAAUAAUUUAUAGCCUACUGCUGUUAAAAACUUUUAAAGCUGUUAAAAAAAGGACUAUUUGUUAUUUUGUUAUAAUCUAUUUCCAUUCAUUGCUGUUUUUUAUUGUUAUUGUAUUACUGACUGUUUACAAGUUUUGAAUAAUUACUUAAGAACUUGAAACCAGUCUUCCAUAAUUAACAUGUUAGUUAGUGUUAUUAUUUGUUGUGAAGCUGAUAUUGAGAAUUGUCAAAUUUCCCUACCGACAAUUGAAAUUUUGGUAUUGUGAUAAUUUAUAGCCUUUAUUGUUUAUGGUAGAUCUUGUUGCAAUAACAUGAUGAAAAUAUAGAUCUCAUUCCAUAGAAGUGUGAACAUCCCUAUUGUAAAUGAGGGUAAUGGAGGCUUUCCUUUGAAUUCCAUACAUGAAAUCCACUGUUAA